CUGACCAGUUUAAAGAAAAAAAUCGAAAAAGAGCUACCAGCGGAUACCGUUGAGAAAGUUCGUGAUAAGCUACAGUAUGUUCGCGAAAAGAUCAAAGAAGAAGGUCAGAGUUUGGCGAAACAUGAAGCGUUGAAGAAAGGAAUCGACAAUCUGUCCAAGGCUGGAGAGCAAAUUCGGGAUGCCACGAAAUCCCUGGGUGAUGCCGAGAUACUGAAAGUUGCAAUGAAGGUGAUUGCUGUGAUUGAUAUUACAUAUUUCUAG